AUGACGCUUUGCGCUACGCAAAACUUCUCAGCUCCCCCAUAUCCCUAUGUUAACGGAACUCCUCCACCUAUCGACCUGGGCCAUCCUAGUCCUCGCGAAAUCUGCGAUCGCAUCGUUGAGGUGCAUAUGGCUAUGGCAUCAGGUGCCGUUGGUCGCUUCCCCGUUCCCUCUGUCAAAUCCAAAGCCGGCGCGGCACCCAAAAGGAUGGCAAAUGACAUCGCGAAGGAAGUUGCACAGAAGAAAACCAAGGAAAUGAAAGCCGAAGCACGCAAGCGCAAGCGUGGUGGUAGAACGACUGACGGAGACAAGCUUAAGAGCACGGCUGGUAGACUCGAGCGGAAGCAGUUCGAGGAUUCCAUUCGACAAGAGGUUACUGAAGAAAUCAUCACUCGUCUCGAAGCGGGACAUGAGGAUCGGGUAGCAAAGGGAGUAAAGGCCAAGAUUGACGUAUCCAGCUCCAGCAUUUGA